AUCUCACUUUCAUUUAAUACUUUCCAACCUUUACGUACAAUUUUUAACACAAUAUUUAUACAUAUAAGUAUUUAUAUCUAUUUACACAAUAUUUUCCAAAUUGUCAACUAAUGUUUUACCUCUGACAAUGGCAAGCGCUUUAAGCAUUCUGCUGACUAUUGUAUUGCACUUGAUAGGAGGUACUUCGAUAUUUGUACAUCAAAUGGGCGAGAUCUGCACAGAAGCACCUUUGCUGGCCAGUCUCCUGGUUUACCUCUCGCUGAUGAGUAUUUUCUACGACAUUCAAUUGAUACCGCCUCACUGGAGUCAUAUGCCAGGAUUCCUCAAGUUGCUCAUCGAGUUCUGUCUGAUUGUGCUGCUGACCGAAGUUGGAAUGGUGUUGAUUUGGGGUAAUGUGGAACUAUUCACAGAAGAUCUGCUGAAGAGUGUUUGCAAAAGUGAAUCUGCAGUACGCAUAUAUCUGGCUGUUUUGCUCACAUUUCUGAGUGGAAGCAUUUUUUUAUUAGUAUCUUUCAAGACGAAUAGCUCGAAGAAACUCAAAGAACUCUUUGAGCAAGUUUCAUUGAAAUUGAAUGCAAUAAAGCAGCCAACAACAGAGAAAGUAAAAUUCCCAGAAAUUCCAACAAACUAUAAUUAAAUAUAAUAAAUAAAUAUAGUCUGCAACAUACAAUUUAACGUU